CAUAAAUGCAAAACCCGACUGACUUGCCAGUUGUGACUCCUGGCCUCUGAUGGCUCGCUCAAGUCCAACCGCCAUGGAGGUCAUUGACAUCCCUUCUUCCCCUGAACUACUUCCUACGACAUUCAGAGUAACUCGUCAUCCAAGUCAGCAGCCUAGGUCACAAAAGAGAAGGCUGCCGCCGCCACCAGCACCGAGCCGAUGGCCAGAAGAAAUCAUCGAAAUAACGGACUCUGACAGUGAGCCUGACCGUAAACCAGUGUCCCCAGAAAAGAGGCGCCCAGUAGAAGCGCAUGCAGGAGUGCCAGGUCCUUCGAACUUGCCAGUUAUCGGAGCACCUCUUGAUGGCUUGCUCGCGGGUGCAGCUCUGCCGGCUGCCGGAUCAUCUCAGAACCCUCUUCGCAAAGCUUCCACUCCGCUGUUCUAUUCAGACGAUGAGGAUCCAGACCUACAACAGAAGCCGAUGUUGACGCAACAGCUACAUAUCCCUCCAGUACCGGAGCUUCCACUCGUGCCACUCCCUCAACCCUCUCAAUCAUCUGAACCACCAGCGGAGGUCCAGGAUCCAACUGACGCGUGUGUUUCUCGCGUCCUUGAAAUUGUUCCAGAUGUAGAACCCACACAUGUUUCCAAACUUGCGGAGCAUUUCAUCCAUAGCCCAGCCAAUGCCGGACAGAACGUCCUAGAGCUUGUUCUCCAUUCUCUCCUUGAGAACCCAAGUUAUCCUAAAGUCGAUAGGAAGGGAAAACGGAAAAGGACCGAAGAUGAUGAGGAAGGUGCUGCUCGUGGACAACCUGCUCCUAAAAUUGAUUAUGGCACGACGGACAGAGAGUUUAAGGGGGGCGUACACUAUCUCGAACUGGCUUUGGAACAACUUAUGGUCGACUUUCCAUACGCACCAAAGCCGUAUCUCCGAACGCUGCUACUAAAACGUCGGUUUUAUGCUCCAAUUCAUUUGUUCUUGGCUGAGAACCGGGAUCCCCCACCUUACGUUCCGAAAUCCGUCCCCUCGAGAGUUAGCGGGAAAGGGAGAGAGAGGUACGACCCUGAAUUCGAGGCAGAGCGACAAUGGCUUUUGCAACGACAGAGUGCACCUGUGUCGGCUGAUGCACAGCUACUUCCUGACCGAAAAGACGACGACGAUGCAUGUGAAGAAUGUGAAGACGGUAUUGAAUGCGGUUGCUGUUUCUCUUUGUACCCAUUUGACAAGAUGGUGCAGUGCCCAGAAGCGCAUCUGUUCUGCAAAAGUUGCAUGUCUUCCUACGCAUCCAACCUUUUGGGCGAGCACAAUCCCAAUAUCGUUUGCAUGGAUCAGUCCGGAUGCAAACUUCUCUUUCCGCAGUCCGAGCUGGAACGUUUCCUUACACCAAAGCUACUUGAACUGUAUCAUCGCGUGACCCAGCGCAAGGACAUUGAGGCCGCCGGCCUUGAAAACCUGGAGGAAUGUCCUUUCUGCGAUUAUAAGUGCGUGAUCGAGAACGAGAUGGAGAAACUCUUUCGGUGUGAGAACGUGGACUGCGGUGCGGUGAGCUGUCGAGAGUGUAAAAAACCUGACCAUUUACCGAAGAGCUGCAAGGAAGUAGAAUCGGACAAACACCUUGACGCGCAGCACAUCGUUGAGGAAGCGAUGACUCGUGCACUGAUGCGAAACUGUCCGAAGUGCCAGAAAGCGUUUAUAAAAGAACACGGUUGUAACAAGAUGACUUGUCCAAAUUGUCGAACUGUCUCAUGCUAUAUAUGCCGGGAGGUCAUUAAUGGAUACGAACAUUUUGGAAAUUCCCCCAAUGGACGAGUUGAUAAGAACAAAUGCCUACUGUGGGAUCCGGUCGAACAGCGGCAUGCGACUGAGGUUCAAGAAGCAGCUAAGAAGGCGAUGGAAGAGCUCAAACGCGAUCGCCCUGAUGUUGAUGAGAGCAGCAUCAAGAUAGAUUUACCAAUUGCCGGUCCGGCUCAGCCAGUGCCCAAUAUGCAUCCACCUAUGCCCGUGAACGCUGCGUGGGGCUUGCCGGCCUUACCGAAUGCACAUGGUCUAGCACCGAAUGCGUAUGGAGUACCAGCUUAUGACUUACCCCUUGCAGGCUACGCAGCAAAUAUGAAUAUGUUAAAUGUCCACGCUCAGCAUGCUCACCAACGGAUGUUAGAGGCCCAGGCCCACCAGCGAGUGGUGCUCGCUCAACGUGCCCAGGCUCAAGCACAGCUCCACGAGCGAAUGGUGCAGGUACAACUCGCCCAGGUUGAGUUGAGGCGUCAGGCAGAAAUAAGGGAGGUGGAACGCAUUCAGGCCAGACGCCACGCGGCGCUGAGGGAGCAAUUUCAUUUGAUUGCUGCAGCCGGGAGGGGCAGACAUGCUAUGCACAUGCCCCCCCAACUCCCACCGGCGCCACAACCCGUCGCUGCGCCCAGAAGGUCUCAGAGACGCUAAGGAAGGAGACAGCAAUUUCUUGUGCAUUCUCUCCUAUUAUGAUAAUGUUGCUGCUACCAUACGUUAUACUUAGUCAUAAUUUCCUACGUACGCUUUACCAGCGUUCUGCUACGUAGUAUACUGCUAGUAGCACCAUGUUCGAUUGGUGUUCGAGAUCAUUUGUAACUGUGAAUAGUAUCGAUGUGUGCGGAGUA